UGGCGUAUGGAGGAAGAUGGCGGACACCUAAAACAAGAAUAACUCCCGUUACGUAUUUUCAAUGCUCUACUUCCAAAGUGCCCCGUGUUCUGACCGAAAUAUAAGCUCACGAAAGGGCUGAACAAUUACUAAAAGGAUAUAUUUGGAGUUCUGUUAUUUAGUUGCAAUGGCGCAGUGCACGCAGAGCGCGCAGGAGUUUGUGCAGAAUGCCUUUGGACCGACGGUAGCUGUGUUGUGCAGCCACGACGCGGAGGUUUUGGCACAGAAAAACAAUCUUUCUGUUGUUGAGAUGUUACGCCCAUUUAGCUGUUUAACAAAUGAGGCUCAUAUAAGAGACCCAUCAGGACAGAUACACACUGUUCGCAACCUCCGCCUCAUCCUGAACGAGAUGAAUCAUCAACCCCAGGCUCCGAUGCUGAUGAGGAAGAUGCUACAAGAGAGUGUCAACCGAUGUCAACCACCCCCUGUCAACGGAAACCGUGGCAACGUCAUCACCGUCGGUUCAUAUGACCUGCAGAUUGGAUCAUCCACGGCUUGGUAUGAAACUUACCGUGAUGUCUUCCUUCAGCUGUUGACACCAUCAGAUCAUGAGUUUAUACAACACUACGUUGCUUGUAUGCACGUAGUAUCAACUUCCCACGCAGACCCGAUGGAUCAAUUCGCCAAGCUGAGCCAGCAGCAGCAUUUUCUGCAGCACACCUCCAAAUCCCCCUAUCCAAAAUGGUUGGUCCCGAACAUCUUCAAGUACUAUGUGCUGUUGCAUGACAACACGGAUGGUGAAGAGGAAAAGGCGGAGGCUGUUUACCAGAGCAUGAAGACCACCUACAGCCCUCAUACCUGCCACCUUCUCAGGAUCAACUCACGUUCCCUCAACGCCGCUGAAACCACCAUAUUAAAUAGUGAGGGGAGCAGUAACAUGCCGGACCCCUGGAGCCAAUAUGUCAAUAAAAGUUCAGAGCAGUUGGACACAUUGGAUUCAGACAUAACGCAGCCGACUGAUGACGAGGGAUUCCCAGACAGAGUGAUGGAGUCCGGGCCGGAAAACCUGGAAGUCACAAAUCCUUCAGACACAAGCUUAUUAACACCGGACAGCACAGAUGAUGGCCCUAAUGACCCUUCACCCGAUGAUGUCAUCAUACCAACUCAGGGGAACUCCCUCAAUGAAGUCAUCGCCCACCCUCUGGAUCAAUCCAUAGAGACGAAACGAUCUCGGGAAGAACUGGAUUCCUUCAACAGUGCUGACACUCCGCUACUUACCAACAACAAGAUCCUGAACAGUGAGGGCGGUAUGCAGCCUACCUCCAAGAGGUCAAAGUUUCACGGGGCGUGCCUGACGUUGAGCGAUCACGACCGGCUGCGAAACUUCAUUCACGAGUUUUCCGUGCGAGGCUUGUUGCCGUACAUUGAGAGAAUGAUCAGGAUUCUUAGCGAUCAGCUCGCCGCAAGGAAAGGACUUCACCGGUUCAUGUUCAGUGCGACCAAGAAGUGGUUCGGUGGUAAACAGGCUGAGAAGGCUGCCGUCACUGGACUCGAUAUGGGUGGAAAGUACUUGAGAGAGUCUCCUGAGCUACAGAUGAGACGUCUAGCCGACCUGGCCUUCUUGGUCCAGCUCUACGAGCUUGCUUAUACCUCGUACCAUACUGCAAAGAGAGACUUUGGUAAUGACCAGGCAUGGGCUCACUACGCUGGGGCACUGGAAAUGGCGGCAGUGUCUGCUUUCAUGCUUGGCAGUAUGCAGAAGGCUUACCCCACACACUACAUGGAGACUGCAGUAACCACGUACCUAAACACGUGCAAGAGACCACAGUUUGCAACUAGAGCAGUCCUGAUGAGCACUGAGAUCCUUAAAGCUAGAGGAAUGUACGCAGAAGCAGCCAUGGAAUUCAUUAGAAUGACGGGAGAGGAUUCUGAUAUAAGGAGUGCCAUCUUCCUGGAGCAGGCAGCCCACUGUUUCAUCAAUAUGCGUCAACCGAUGGUCCGCAAGUAUGCAUUCCAUAUGAUCCUAGCUGGCCAUCGAUUCAGCAAGGCAGGACAGCGAAAGCAUGCAUUGAGAUCCUACUGGCAAGCCCUACAGGUGUACAAGGGCAAAGGUUGGACAUUAGCAGAGGACCAUAUAAAUUUCACUAUUGGUCGUCAAUCCUUCAACCUGAAACGAUUGGAGAAUGCCACCACUGCAUACAAGCAUCUACUAACCUACAAGAGCAAACAGCCGCCAGACCAGCAGAACGCUUUCUUCAAAGACUACUUGUCUGUUUUCAAGCAACUAGUGACAAUGCAAUCUCAAGAGGGAAACGUGCAGACCACAUUUUCUCAACUCCCUCUACCCGUCAUCAACAAACCAUCAACAAGGGUUCUGCUGACAAACCCCAGAAAAACAAUACUCCCAGACAACCACAUAUUUGCAACCUCUGUGACCUUUGACCGCAUCUUUGACCCCACGGAGCGUGAAGAAUGGCAGGACUUGGAGGAGAUGGCAGUCAUGGUGGCUACCGGCCAACGGAAUCUACCGGCCGGUUACCGGCCGAAUCUUCAGCUGCUACAUGGGAAGACGGACAACAGUGUCAGCCCUCUGGUGGUGGUUGGAGAGGCAGUGACAGUAGAGUUAGUGUUAGAGAACCCAUUGAAGGUUUCAUUAACGAUAUCGGACCUGAUGCUAAGAUGGAAGUUCACCCCCGUCGACUACGAGCACGUGAAUAAAGAGAACCCAGAACAGCAGCCGGCUGUGGUUUCAAACGAGGCGGAUAUCCUCAAUGAAAAGCGCAACCAGUUGGAUGAAGUGGUCAGCACAGAGUCAAUUCAUGAAAUUGUCCUCGCUGGUAGUGAAUACAAACCGGUACACCUCUCAGUGACACCUCAUCAGACUGGAGAGCUCCACAUCCUCGGUGUCGCUUACAGCCUCUCCGCUCAGCAGUUACUCACCACCAAGGACGAGAUCACCACCACUGAUUUUGGAAACCGUGAGAAUCCAGACAGCCCCCAGAAGGAUUCCAAGUCCAUUUCUCGCGGCGUUGGUGUAAUCUCGGUCCAGGGCGGGCAAGAUCUGGACAUUCAGGGGCCGAGACUUAACGGCACAAAAGUUGAACGAUGUAGCGUGAUGUAUGGGCCUGAUCGCCGGCUGGACCCUGUGGUUGUACCACCCAUGCCACUCCUAGAAGUUAUCUUCAACUCUUUUCCAUCAACUCUACUAUGUGGUGAAGUCUGCAGUUCAGUCGUGGAAUUCACCAACAAGGGAUUCAGCCCCCUCCAGAAACUUCUUGUGUCAUCCAACCACCCUGAAAUGUUUUCCUUUGGAGCGUUCCACACUCCCACCAACCAAUCCCAACCGGGCAAAGACUCUGCCAACCAAUCGAAAGCCAGUGUGUAUAGGACUGUUCAAUGUUCCGGCAGCAGGGAGGGGGGUUGUGUGGAGAGCACUGUUGAUAAGUGUAAUAUAUCGCAUGUGACUGAGAUCCCAUUGCCUGGAGGCUCGCUGCCUCCAGAGGGCAGUAUAUCAAUACCCAUGUUCGUGAGAGGGCCUGAUAAGAGUGGAAUACAUGAGAUUAAUAUGCUUUUUUAUUACGAAUCUUCAGAGGAAAACGCCAAAAUGAGGCAUAGAACAUUGCACCACACUGCUGUGAUACACUCUAGUAACUCUAUUUCUUUGACUGCGACUGCCUUGAGGGCGCACUCCGGCGAGAGACAAGAUGCCGAGGCAACGGGAACCAGCUUGGUCGUCAAUCUGGACAUUGACAACAUGAAUCAGGUUCACGAUUCUCAUAUAAUUGAGUUCAGCAUUGGACAGGUGUCUUGCGUCAGCAAUACAUGGGCUCUUGACAGUCUCGACGCUAACACUCAAACCAAAGAGCCGAAGAUAAGUGGAGGUGAAUCACAGAGGAUGUGUUUCAAAGCUACAAAGUGCAGACAGCAUCCAACUGAGAAUCCUGGUAAGGAACAACUGGUCUUUACGAGUGUUGCAUUUGGGAAACAAAGGGUGGAUAGCUCGGCAACUCCUUGCCGUGACUUUUUCUUCCGUUCGACCUUCGACCCCAGCAAGCGAAGCCUGGAGCUGACUCCGUCCAGCAAGACGGCAACUCCCAGCACCAUGAGCCCGACAGAGGAGACGAGUGUUACCCUGGUAACUGACACCAAAACAGCUCUGGAGGAUUGCAUCAAGGCGGGGCUAACCCUCAUCGUACUGUGGAAGGCUUUUGUUGUUGAUGAGGAGGGCUUCCAUCAUACACUCGUCGGGCAACACCACAUUACCAUGGAAACAAUGGGCAAAGAAGUAACAACUGUGCAGACUACAAGGAGGCCCCGAGAAGUCACCCCUCUAAAGAUAAUCAAAGACCCUGAGACGGAGCUGGCCAAGAAGGAACCCAGUGCAGAGGUCAUGGGUCAACUUCUGAAAUACAGCCUACAGUACAGCGAGGUCAAAGAGCAUGACUUCACCAAGCAGAGAAUCUGCACGUUACCAGUGUCUCUGAACGUCUACAACUGUACCAGUACUGCUGUAGAGGUUGCAAUAGAAACAGCGGACCAGGACAACACAAGUGCAAUGGCGGAGAGGGCAGCCUCCCAGCCCGAUAGCUACCCACUCAGGGCGACAUCAACAAGCUCAACCGCCUUCUCCUGGGUCGGACACAUCACCCAGAAGUUGAUUCUACCCCCUCACGCACCCCACCAGGCCCCACUCCAUGCCUGCUUCAGUGCCCCGGGAGUCUACAACCUGGCUAAUACAAAGGUUCUUGCCAGGUCGCCACAAGAGGGCGCUGGUGACCCCAAGAGGUCUGGAGGUGAGCGGUCAGGGUUUGUGUUGCAGCAGAGGCUACCCCCGAGCCUAGUGACAAUCGUUGGUGCUUCUGUAUCGUAGUGUACAAACAGUAUUCUUUGGUUCGUGUUAUUUUAAAAACUUUUAUUUUUAAUUUUUUUUUCAAUUUAAAUAUUUUCAGAUAUUUUCUAUAAUUAACUACUGUAGAAUAUUAUGAUGAAAAACAUAACUGUACAAAUUAAACAGAGUUUCAAACAGAUUCAAUUUUUAGAGAGAAUCUCAGUUCGGGAGUGUUGCAAAUCAGUAGCAACACGAUGACAGUGAAAACAAAUGAAGUAGAAAGAUAACAGGUUAAUGUUCAUUUAAAGGUCCAAGGCUCAAUUUCAUAGAGCUGCUUAAGCAGAAAAUAUUGCUGAACAAAUUUUUGCUCAGCAAAAAUAAACAAGAUACCAUCUAAAGAUAUUACACAUAUGUUGUUAUGGCUGGUAACCUCAUAUAAAAAGCAAGAUUCUGUUGUGCUAAGCUACUUCUUGUGCUUAAGCAGUUUUAUGAAAUUUUGCCAUCUUUUGCUCGAGACCCGGUGGUUGAGAAGAACGCGUUCCACUCCGUAGAUUUUCUUUUGUUCAAUUUGUCACGCGAAGGAACGCGUCGCGACGCGGUCGUUCCCGUGACAUAGUUUAUCCAUGGUCCCUAAUAUGCCUGUGAAUUUUUUUCCCAAAACUUGGGUAAGUAGAAAGUGCUUUGAGUAUAAAGUGCUUCCACACAUUAACGUAAGGAUGGUAAAACCAAAUAAAACAUUGAUCUGGGCCCAAUUUCUUUUCUUUACAGAAAAUAUUGCUAAAAAUGUCUGCUAAGCUCAACUAACCAGUUACAUUUUGUCCAUGUAAUAUGGUAUUUUAGCUGGUACCCUAAUUCUGGUAAGCAUCAUUUUGUUGUGCUUAGCAACUUUUUAUGCUUCAGCAGUUCUAUGACAUUAGUCCGUCAAUUUCACAAAACUCUUCCUAACUUAGGAUUAAUCUUAGGACUUGGGACGAGUUCAGUUCCGUAUACG